AUGGGCGAGGACACUGAGAGCUCCAAAAUCAACCACACCUUCCUGCGAGACUACGUCACUGAAGCUGAUGUCAUCUCUACAGUGGAGUUUAACCAGACAGGGGACCUGCUGGCCACAGGGGAUAAAGGUGGCCGAGUGGUCAUCUUCCAGAGGGAGACCGAGUCCAAAGGGGAGACCGAGGAGUUAGGGGAGACGGGGGACUCCGGGGAGUACAACGUCUACAGCACGUUCCAGAGCCAUGAGCCGGACUUUGACUACCUGAAGAGUCUGGAGAUUGAGGAGAAGAUCAACAAGAUCAGAUGGCUGCCACAGCAGAACGCGGCACACUUCCUCCUCUCCACCAAUGAUAAGACCAUUAAACUGUGGAAGGUGAGUGAGAGAGACAAGAGACCAGAGGGAUACAACCUGAAAGAUGAGGAGGGACGGCUGAAGGACAUCUCUACCAUCACCUCUCUGCAGGUGCCAGUGCUCAAACCCACAGAUCUGAUGGUGGAGGUCCGCCCCAGACGAGUGUUCUCCAAUGGACACACUUACCACGUCAACUCCAUCUCAGUCAACAGUGACGGGGAGACGUACCUGUCCGCUGACGACCUCCGCAUCAACAUGUGGCACCUGGGCAUCACGGACCGCAGCUUCAACAUUGUGGACAUCAAACCAGCCAACAUGGAGGAUCUGACGGAGGUGAUAACAUCCGCAGAGUUCCACCCUCACCACUGCCACUUGUUUGUGUACAGCAGCAGCAAGGGCUCGCUGCGCCUCUGUGACAUGAGAUCGUCUGCACUCUGUGACAAGCACACCAAACAGUUUGAGGAACCUGAGGAUCCAGGGAGCCGGUCCUUCUUCUCAGAGAUCAUUUCUUCUGUGUCGGACGUCAAGUUCAGCCACAAUGGACGCUAUCUGCUGACCAGAGACUACCUCACCGCCAAGGUGUGGGACCUGAACAUGGACAAGGGCCCAGUGGAGACGUACCAGGUCCAUGAAUACCUAAGGAGUAAGCUGUGUUCCCUCUACGAAAACGACUGCAUCUUCGACAAGUUUGAGUGUGUGUGGAACAGCUCAGACAGCGUGAUCAUGACAGGGGCGUACAACAGCUUCUUCCGGAUGUUCGACCGGGAAACGGGCCGAGGCGUCACCCUGGAGGCGUGGCGGGAGAGCAGCAAGCCUCGGGCCGUGCUGCGGACGAGGCGGGUCUACACCGGUGGUAAGCGGCGCCGUGGUGACGUGGGCGUCGAUAGUCUGGACUUUACAAAGAAGAUCCUGCACAUGGCCUGGCACCCGUCUGAGAACAUCAUCGCCAUAGCAGCCACCAACAACCUGUAUAUCUUCCAGGAUCGCGUCAACCCGGAGACACAGUGA